AUGAUAAAGUCUAGAGUACUGAGAAAUCACACAGUUGUGUCAUUUUCCCUUGUCUUUAUUCUUCUUAUUGCCUCAACUAUUGCAUCUCCUCUUGGUGGAGUAAACAAAAGACAAACCCCUGGCGGGAAAGUACAAAAUUCAACGACAUUAACAAACUCGGAGAGUUCACCUACCGGUACGAAAACACCAGUUAUUUCAUUUAAUUCACUUACCACGAAAACCACAAAAAUAACACCAAUAACUACCCCUACCCCAACUAUUAUCCCAACGACUACUCCAAUAAUCACCUCAAUAAUUGCCCCAAUAAUUACCCCAACAACUACCAAUAUUCCAACAACUACCAACAUUCCAAUAACUACCAAUAUUCCAAUAACUACCAAUAUUGCUAAACCUCAAACCACAGUGACCACUUCUUCGUUCCCAGCUAGCGGCAAGUUACCCGCGAUUGCAGAUAAUUCUGUAACCUCCAAUAUUAAAGUAACUACCGUUCCACUCAUUUCUAAUCCUCCUGGAUCCCAAUUGGCCGCUCCAACGAUACAGCCAAACUCGCCAAACGUUCCUACUUCUAAUGCAUCCCCUACCGCUACAUCAUCCCUUAAAUUUGUGUCCGAUGCAUCCCGUACAUCUGUGUCCGGUGCAUUCCCUACACCUGUGUCCGACACAUCUCCUACGUCUACACCAGCUGAUGCACCAAGGACAACUCAAAAACCAAAUUUGACAAACCCUUCUAAAUCAUCGAUUACAACAACCAUAUUUAAUACUGUUUUUACUGUGAUGCCAGGAUUCACUUCUGCGGUUAUGACUACUGAUUCUAAUGGUGAUGUAACUGUAGUAAAUGCUUUCGUCCCACCAACCACUGUUGUGGCUGUUAAUUCGAUAGUGACAGCCGUACCUGCAGAUGACCAAGCCUUUUCUUCUGCAAAUAUCUUCAAUUCUGGUUCAAAUUUCUGGGGAAUAUGGUUAAGUUUAGUUAUUGGUUUUAUGAGUUUUAUAUUAGUAGCUUAG